AUGCUGCGGCCGCCCGAGCACAUCGUUUUCGCCGUCUAUGUCGCGCCCAUGGCCAGUCUCUACCACGGCACGUCGGCCGUGGACGCUCUUGUCCUUGACGACUUCGACCGUGCCGCACCCCGCGGUGUCGGAGCUGGAAAGCUGGGCGGCAACUAUGCCCCUGUUUGGCCUUAUUCUACUAAGGCUGCCGAGGCUGGUUUCCCCGUUACCUUGCACUUGUACAGCGCCACGAGGUCUUCGGUGGAGGAGUUCAGCACCAGCGGCUUCGUCGGCAUCCUGACCGCCGAUGGGAGGCGCGAGGAUAUUGGGUGGAAGGUGCACCGCGAAAAGGUUCCGUUCGCCGGACUUGAUCGCUUUUCUCGGGUCUUUGCGGACCAGAUCCAAGAGUCGGCAAAGUGA